GCCCGACGCUGGAGCCUCAGAGAUGAACAGCAAUGGUGAUGCGGGUGGUGGUGACGGGAGAAAUAGAUGGUGGUGGAUGGUGUUGGCGGUGGUGGUAGUUCGGUCUGUCUGGGUUGGUUGGUGUUGGUUUGUUCGCAGGAUGGGAUGAGGAAGCGAGCACAAAGACGGCGACGUGAUAGGAUACCAGUCGUACGGCCUGUACGCAAAAAGGGGCAGCCAGGCGGAGCCGCUAGUAUUUGGCGUCGGGUUAGCGGGGGUGAUCUGUUGUUAUUUGGGCUGCAGGAACCUCUACUUUCCUCUUCCUUAGCAGCCCUGCCUGGCGCCGAUACCUCCAUAAUUACCGAGUUCCGUGGUCUCCAUCGCAUUUGCCCUCCACCAAUCCCGGAUAUGACAGGCCUGAACUACGGGCACACAAUUGCGACAAGGACUUAUUAA